AUGGCCCCUGUUUUGAGCAGAAGUCUGACUGCUGCUUCGGUAGCUUCACUUCCGUAUACUGCUUUAUUUUCUUCGUCGAAUUGUGGUCGUACUAAUAGAGGAGUUUUGGGAAGUGCUUUUUUGCCGGGGAAUGGAUUAAAGAACGGAUUUUUAAGAAGUGGGUUGAAGUGGAAACUGCAGAAGAGAGAGAGCAGAGUGGUAGUGAGGUGCGAGGCUGCUGCGGUAGCUGAAAAGGAGGCUCCUGAGAGUGCUGGUGAGACACAUGAGUACCAGGCUGAGGUUAGUCGGUUAUUGGACUUAAUAGUUCACAGUUUAUACAGUCACAAGGAAGUUUUUCUUAGAGAGCUCGUGAGUAAUGCAAGUGAUGCUCUUGAUAAAUUGAGGUUUUUGAGUGUGACUGAGCCUUCUCUACUUGGAGAUGCUGGUGAGCUAGAGAUUCGUAUAAAACCUGAUCCAGACAGUGGGACAAUCACCAUAACGGAUACUGGUAUUGGAAUGACAAAAGAGGAGCUUAUAGACUGCCUAGGAACUAUUGCUCAGAGUGGCACUUCUAAAUUCUUGAAGGCUUUGAAGGAAAACAAUGACCUUGGGGCAGAUAAUGGCCUGAUUGGUCAAUUUGGUGUUGGAUUCUAUUCUGCAUUUUUGGUUGCUGAAAAGGUGGUAGUGUCAACAAAAAGUCCCAGAUCAGACAAACAAUAUGUUUGGGAAGCCAUGGCUGAUAGCAGCUCCUACAUGAUCAGGGAGGAAACUGCUCCUGAAAAGUUACUACGUCGAGGAACACAAAUCACACUCUAUUUGAGGGAAGACGACAAGUAUGAAUACUCAGAGCCAACCAAGAUCCAGAGUUUGGUGAAAAAUUAUUCACAGUUUGUUUCAUUCCCCAUUUACACAUGGCAAGAAAAGUCGAGGACAGUUGAGGUAGAAGAAGAGGAAGAACCCAAAGAGGGUGAAGAUAAACCAGAGGAAGAAAAGAAGAAGAUUAAAAAAACCAAAACUGAAAAAUAUUGGGAUUGGGAACUAGCCAAUGAAACAAAACCUAUAUGGAUGCGGAAUCCUAAGGAAGUUGAAAAGGAUCAGUAUAAUGAAUUUUACAAGAAGACUUUUAAUGAAUUUUUGGAUCCACUUGCCCACACCCAUUUCACUACAGAGGGUGAGGUGGAGUUUCGAAGUGUGCUCUACAUUCCUGGAAUGGCACCCCUUAACAAUGAAGAUGUUAUCAAUCCCAAGACGAAGAAUAUACGUUUGUAUGUGAAACGUGUAUUCAUUUCAGAUGAUUUUGAUGGAGAGCUGUUUCCAAGAUACUUGAGCUUUGUAAAGGGUGUGGUGGACUCAGAUGACCUUCCUCUUAAUGUUUCACGAGAGAUCCUUCAGGAGAGCCGGAUUGUAAGAAUAAUGAAAAAGAGACUUGUUAGAAAGACAUUUGACAUGAUCCAGAAUCUUUCUGAAAGUGACAACAAAGAGGAUUACAAAAAAUUCUGGGAGAAUUUUGGGAAGUUUUUGAAGUUAGGAUGCAUUGAAGACUCUGGAAAUCACAAGAGGAUAACACCAUUGUUGAGAUUUCUCUCUUCCAAGAGAGAGGAAGAGUUGGUCAGCUUAGAUGACUAUGUUGAGAACAUGAGUGAGAACCAGAAUGCUAUCUAUUACUUGGCAACAGACAGUUUAAAAAGUGCCAAGUCUGCUCCUUUCUUGGAGAAAUUGGUCCAAAAAAAUAUUGAGGUGCUAUAUCUAAUUGAGCCAAUCGAUGAAGUUGCCAUCCAGAAUCUACAGACUUACAAGGAAAAGAAAUUUGUUGACAUCAGCAAGGAAGAUUUGGAACUUGGUGACGAGGAUGAGGUUAAAGAAAGGGAAACUAAGCAAGAGUAUAAUCUUCUUUGCGACUGGAUAAAACAACAACUUGGUGAUCAGGUGGCAAAAGUGCAAGUGUCUAAGCGUUUAAGCUCAUCACCAUGUGUGCUUGUUUCUGGAAAGUUUGGGUGGUCGGCAAAUAUGGAAAGAUUGAUGAGAGCACAGACACUUGGAGACACUUCGAGUCUCGAGUUCAUGAGGGGAAGGAGAAUACUGGAGAUCAAUCCCGAUCACCCAAUCGUCAAAGAUCUGAAUGCUGCAUGCAAGAAUGCCCCAGAUAGCACUGAUGCUAAGAGGGCUGUGGAACUUCUGUAUGAUACAGCCUUGAUCUCCAGUGGGUUCACCCCUGACAGUCCAGCCGAGCUAGGUAACAAGAUAUACGAGAUGAUGGCAAUGGCCCUUGGAGGAAGGUGGGGCAGACUCGAGGACAACAAAGUGGAAUCCACAGAAAAUGCUACAGAAUCUGACGCAAGCUCAUCUGAUGGUUCGGAAACUCAAGUCGUUGAGGCCUCAGAAGUGAGGACUGAGAAUGAUCCUUGGAGUGCUUGA